AUGUUAGAUACAAGAUCAGACGAAAUUCUCUCAAAUGUUCCGCAUGCGGCAUUGUUUGUCAAACGUUCUGAAAUCGAUUUUUCUCAUCGAACUCCAUGCCCAAUUUGUCAAAAAUGGUUUAUGGUUUUAUUUCUGAAAUCAUCAGCCAAAGAACUUGCAUUGACUGUUUACGCUGUUAAUAUGAAAAAUCCUGAACAAGAAUUUCGAUCAUGUCAUUCAAAUCCUCCCGUAGUUAUUCUAAAUGAUCAACAAACAGUGUUAACCGAUAGUAAAGAAAUUGAAUAUGAAAUAACAACACGAUUUCAACAAGUGAAUUUAAGAUCAGAUAAAGAGGCAGAACAUGCAAUUGCCGAUAUUUACAUUAAAUUUCAUGCAUAUUUAAAAGCUGAUCAGAAAACAUUUAUGGCAAGAGAACGUUCGUUAACAGUUGAACUAAAAAAAUUAGAUUUAUUUCUACAACGAAGAGAUACCAAAUUCUUAUGUGGUGAUCAAAUGACGUAUGCUGAUUGCGAUAUCUUACCAAAACUUCAACACAUACGAAUUGCUGGACAAAUCUAUCGUAACUAUUCGAUUCCAACAGAUUUCAAAUAUUUAUGGCAAUAUUUAAAAAAUGCUUAUGAGACUAAAGCAUUUCGUGAAUCGUGUCCCUAUGAUCAAGAUAUUAUUUUACAUUAUGAAACAAAAACGGAUAUGGGUACAAAACUCUAUCCAAAAAAUCGUCAUCCAUAUUUGCAACCACCAACAUUAACAUUUACAAUCAUAAAUGAGAAUAGAGUAAUAAGUAAUUUGAAGGAUGAUAAACAAGAAAGAUAA